GGUUAAUGAUCUCGUCAUUCUCGCCUUCUCUGUUAUGCCCAAUUAUUUCUGUUAGCUUCGCGCCGUGUUUCUGAAGGGCGCUACGCCGCCAGGAGGUGAGGGACGAAGGCGUGGAAAUUGUUGGCGACGUGAUUGGCGCUGAGUUCGGCGAAGUCGAGAUCAAACUCGGCGAUGGUGAAAGAGAUCGAGUCGUGCGGGCAACGGGCGAAGUUGAGGGGGCGUACGAUUUUUCCGGCAAAGGGGGAGAAAUGGGUAAGGGUUUGAGGCGAUGAAUAAUGGCAAAGCUCAUGUUUGUUAUUAAGCUCACGUUUUUAAAAAAUUUGAUGGAUUGUUAUCACUAAUAACAGAUAACAAAUUCUGGUGGAGUCUUCCUUAUUUUUAGGACUUUAGUUUCGAUAGAAAAUUUAUAUACAUGCUUCCCUUUAUUUUCUCUAUAUAUCAGUACUGAAGUUGAGGUGAAUGCAUAUUCCUUUUUUUUAGGACUCUUAGAACUCUUUUAGUUUCCGUAGUAAAUUUAUACGUGGGCUUCCGUUUAUUUUCUCUACAUAUCAGUACUGAAGUUGAGAAGUGUUGUGUGUCCUCUGUCUAUUAUCCGUUGCUCUGCUCGACAAUAUUGUGAAGAAGCUAAAGAAUCCAAAUACGCGUGUCACUCGAGAUUGUACAGUUAAUAUGGCUGGCCGAAGAGGUGGACUUCGUGCAACUAGAAGACAUGGCAGUGAUCCCAAUUCUACGUCCUCUGCUUUACGUUCUGACUCGUCUGCGACGGUUGUACCGCACGCUGCUCAAAGUCAAGAUAGAACGGAGAACAAUAUUGGUACUGAAACCCAAGUUCACGGCUCACCAUCGAACAGGAGAACUAGGAGUUCUCGUGUUCGUGGACAGACCUCUGCUAGGGCAUCUCGUGUUCGUGGACAGACCUCUGGUCUAGGAGCUCGACAGGCAUUGAAACAUGCCAAAAACAGGUUUAACGUCCAGUUUAGAUUUGGUGCGAGAGCAGCUGUAUGUGCCAACACCUCAAAGUUCAACAAUGAAAUUGGAAAAAUUUUGCGUACGGAUUGUAGUCUCCAUUACGAUGAGUGGAGGGAUGUACCAGAGUCUGUUAGGGCACCUCUGAGGGAGAAACUUCUUACACUCUUCGAUAUAGAUGUUGAAGAUCAGAAUGUCAUACAUGUUAUCAAUAGGCAAAUGCAGAGAUCUUGGCGUUCCUACCGAUACACUCUGCAUAAAAAGUUCAAAGAGAUUGGAGGAGAUGAAGAUCCAAUCAAGGCCAAGAGCAUUGGACAUAAAGGAGUUAAAAAGGAGGACUGGGAUUAUUUGUGUGAUUUAUGGGCUAGUGAAUCAUACAAGGAACGAGCCAAGAAGAAUGCCAUUUCGAGAUCAAAAAGAAAGUGGGAAUCUAGAAACGGAUCCAAGAGUACUUUGCGCCACCAUAUUGAACGUGGAGUUGAGUUGGAUGCUCCAACUGGACAAAUUGAGACAUGGCGCAUUUGUAAUUGGCAAUCCGACAAGGGAUGGUCGUCACCGGAGCUCGAAGCGAAAUAUGAAGAUAUGAUGCAGCUAAGGCGAGAUAAUCCACCGGAUGAAAUGACUGAUAAAGAGAUCAUAGAGAAAGUCCUUGGGCGACAAUCAGUACGUUUGAAUGGUUGGGGGCGGUCGCCUAGCAAAUCUAGAGGCGAGUGUAGCCAAGGCUCAAUUCGUCCCUCGUACGAACAACUUCGUGAUGAAUUAGAUGAGAACAGAGAGCAUGUUAAAACACUUGAAGAUCGGAUUCGGAUGUUGGAAGAAAGGCUUGAGAAUAACAGUGCACAUAAUUCUUCCAUACGACGAGCUCCCUCAGAUCACGCUUCCGCACCUUCUAAUAUGAAUGCAUCUCCUGCAAGUGAUGAUGGUUAUGAUUCAGAUGAUAUUUGUUGAUCGACUUUUAGUAUAUUUGUGAAUUCUGCACUUAUUUUGCUUGAGGACCUGGUGCUGCUUGAUAUCUGUGCAAACUCGCCACCCUUUGUAAUAUGCAAGGGUGUAGGCUUUAUUUUCCAAUUGUUGGCUGAUUUUGCAUUUGUUUUCCAUUAGCUGCGGUAGUUUUUGACUAAAUUUUCAUUUGUUUUGUCAUUAGACUCUAAUUUUUGGUUAAGCUUUUCUAAUUUUAUAUUAUAUAGCUUUACUCUCAA